CUAACGAUGCAUACGUGGUUUGGGAAAAAAGAGGGGAUCCCCGGCUCCUCGCUUCGGCAAGGCCACGCUCUGCUGCGCACCCCAAAUUUUUUUUCGCCUGGUUAGGGUUUCCGCCGGCGGCGAUGGGCGCCCUCACCGAAAGCCGCAAGCGCGUCUCCGCCGACCACCGCCUCCUCCCCUCCUUCCCUUCCUCCGCUCCAUCUCCCUCCAAGAAGCCCAAGCUCGCACCCCUUCUCCCCACCGCCCCUCCUCUGCCUCUCCACUCGUCUUCUCACGUCCCCUCGUCGACCUCCUCGGCUGCGCCGGGUCCCAUUUCGUCAACCGCCUCCGCCUCCACCUCCUCCUCAUUUUCCUCGUUGCGCCCCAGCCGCCGCCGCCUUCCCCCGCGACCGCCGGUCCAGCGCCCCAUCCAUGGGCCCAAGCGCGUCAUCCGUGCCUUCGGCCUCGGAAAUACCCGCUCCAACUCCGAUCCAUCGUCUUGUUCUCAGUCCCCGCCACCACAACCUCUCGGCCUCGACCAGUACGUCGACCUUGUCAAUAGUGUCACUCACCCCCCGCCGCCUACUCCCCUCGCCUAUGUGCCGAGAGGCGCGAAAGCUACCGUUGAGGUGGUCGCCGUCGAUGACCUUGGAGAUAUAAAGCAGGACGAAGAGGAGCGAGACGAGGUGAAGGGUGAGGUCGUAGUGAGGAAGGUGACUCUGUACAAGGAUCUGUAUGAGGCGUCCAGCCGGCAGCGCGACGAUAGGCUCAGGAUACUUGAGUUUGAGGUGUGUCUUGCCGAGAAGGGCCGACUUGGAUUUGAGCCGCUCCCCAAGGUCCGUCCGCAAAUCACGCCCAACAAAAAGGAGGUGCCGGAACCUUUUGUUCCUCUAACGGCUGAGGAUGAGGACAGUGUUCGGCAUGCUCUUGGUGGCAAGAAUAGACGUGAGAUUCUAUCGGAGCAUAAAGCUUCAAAUAUUGUCAUAACAAGAGAGAUCUUGCAGUGCUUGAACGAUAAACACUGGCUAAAUGAUGAGGUCAUAAAUUUGUAUCUUGAGCUUCUGAAAGAGCGUGAACUGAGAGAGCCUACCAAGUUUCUAAAAUGCCACUUCUUCAACACUUUUUUCUACAAGAAGCUGAUUAAUGGUGGGUAUGAUUAUAAAGCCGUGUGGAGAUGGACAAUGAAACGGAAGUUAGGGUACAACCUAAUUGACUGCGAUAAGAUUUUUGUUCCCAUACACAAGGAAGUGCAUUGGUGUUUAGCUGUCAUCAACAUAAGGGACAAAAAGUUUCAGUAUCUGGAUUCACUUGGCAGCAUGGACAUGAACGCCCUGAAAAUCCUAGCCAGAUAUCUUGUAGAUGAGGUUAAAGACAAGAUUGGCAAACAUAUUGAUGUUCUUUCAUGGAAGCAUGAAGGAGUCCAAAAUCUUCCUCUGCAGGAGAAUGGAUGGGAUUGCGGCAUGUUCAUGCUCAAAUACAUUGACUUCUACAGCAGAGAUAUGGGCCUUACUUUUGGGCAGAAACACAUGCCUUAUUUUCGUCGGAGGACUGCCAAGGAAAUAUUGGAUUUGAGGGCUGGAUAAAUAAGAGGCGCAUCAUAGGUAAACAAAAGGAUUGUGCAAGUGUAUGUAAGUAAUAGAAUGCAGCUAUGCCUUCCCUGGAGUACCAAAUGCAAAGGAUUUCCGAGGCACAGGUGUUCAAACCAGUCAUCUUGCAAGGACCAAGCCUUCAGAAUAGCUUCCAUGAAUUGCAAUUGGCUGCCACAGCGGAUGUUCUUGGUGCAGGAAGCCACCGGCUGACGGAAGGGCGGUGCAAUCGUGGUUUAUGUCUGUCCGUUAGACUGCAGAGCCACUGAGAGUUGAAAGGAGGGUAUGGUUGGAACUCGUAUUUAAUGACUGGUUACAGACUUUGAGCAGUAUGCUAUAUAAUUUUAGCGCGAUUUAAGUUUGUUGUUGGCA